CCCGUCCCGCCCGUGCAGGAAGGGGGGUGACGUUCGCGGGCCCACAGCGCCGGGCGGGCCAUGUCGUCGUUGGAGUGGUUCGCGCACAAGCCCCUGGGCGGCGGUAUCUUUUGGAUCCAGGAACGCUUCUAUGAGUCGGGCAACCGGGCCAACAUCUGGCUAGUGCGGGGCUCGCAGCGAGACGUGGUGAUUGAUGCGGGGCUGGGGCUGCGCAGCCUGCCCGACUACCUGCGUGACGCCGGGCUGUUGGCGCCGGCCGAGGGCGCCGGGCCGCGGCCGCUGCUGGCCGUGGCUACCCACGUCCACUUCGAUCACUCGGGCGGGCUGCAGCACUUCGAGGAGGUGGCGGUGCACAGCGCCGAAGCGGCGGCGCUGCUCCAAGGCGACAAUUACGAGGCCGUGACGUGGCUGUCCGACCGGGAGGUGGCGCGACCGCCGUGGCCCGGCUGGAGCGCUCGGCAGUUCCGCGUCCCGCCCGUCCGGCCCAGUCGCCUGCUGCACGAGGGGGAUGUGAUCAACCUUGGAGAUCGACAGCUCACUAUCAUGCACAUGCCUGGUCAUUCACGAGGCAGUAUUUGCUUGCAUGACAAGGACCGGAAGAUUUUGUUCAGCGGAGAUGUGGUGUAUGAUGGAUCUAUGAUCGAUUGGCUUCCCUACAGCAGAAUCAGUGACUACCUUUCAAGUUGCCAGCGCCUGAUGGAGUUAGUAGACAGAGGUCUUGUGGAGAAGGUACUACCUGGGCACUUUAACAUAUUUGGAGCAGAAAGGCUGUAUCAGUUAGCUUCUGACUACAUUUCCCAAGCUGGAAUUUGCCACAAGAUUUCUACCUGUGCUAUGAGAUCUAUUGCAAGCAUAGCACUUCGUGUUGCAAAUUCAAGAAUCACUUCUCAGUGACAGUCAAUUUUGUGUGAUCUGUCAUGUGCUGUAAAAACAAAUGGGUUGUGAAAGCAUGAAUAACAAGCAGAAGCAGUAUGUGUUAGCAAAAAGAUGGCCAAUUGAUACAGGUGAGCUUAAUUCUUCCUGUUUUUCCUACUUUAUUCAUAUUUUUAUAAAAACUCUGUAAACUAGUAGCUUUAGCCAAAGCUGUAGUUUUUCUUUCUACUUUUUCAGAGCAUUUUUUUACAUGUAUUGCAAUAUAUUGUUUUAUUGAAAUAAAUAUAUUGUUUUAUUUAUUUAUUUAUUUAAAUUUAAAUAUAUUGUUUUAUUUUUGUUACAACUCCGGAAGAUGGACAUAUACUAAAAUAAGAGGUUUUACAUUCAUGCCUGAAUGAAUGUAAAACCUUGAAACUUUGUUGAUAUAGUACUAGACUUGUAAUUAUUCAUUACCUCCUGCUCAGGUUUGGACCUAACAGAGCUCUUUCUAAGACAUAGUGUGUGCUAGGAGCAGUGCCAUUAGGUCAGAGCAGGAGCAACACCGAUGCAGGACUCAGUGAGCAGAAAGUGAUAAUUCUGCAGCCAUUGCCACCUGUGGGCAUGGUAUCUGCUGCACCUCUCACCCCUUGAAGCUUUGUACUCAUCUGGCAUUUUCUUUAGAAUACACAAACAUGUGGAAAUUCUAUAGACCAAACUUUCAAGCUGGAAGUCACAGAUACAUCAGUUUAUCACAAAAGCUUUUGGUGCAGACAGACUGUUGAGGCUUUCAUGUUUCUUGGUGUGAUGCAAGUAACCACUGCACCAGGUGAGAGGGAGCAAGCAGAAGCACUCUCACUCACCAUUGGCUAGGGAACUGUUUUGCUUGUAGGCUUGUGAGUUAGGAAUUAGACAAUUUGUGAACUACUGAAUUAAUGUGUUACAUUACCCCGUACAAAGUGGACUGAGAUUUUGCUGGAUGUGUUUAUUUUUUUCUGAUCAGUUUAUACAAAUAUUUGGAGAGUUUGUUGUUCUGGAAAGCUGACAGAAGGGAACUGUGACAAGCUUAAGGCAUUUGUUUUUGCUAAAGGGUAUUUUUAUGUGAGGGUGUUGUGACUUGGUUGUUAAUCAUCUGUGUUAGGGGAGGGACUGAGGCCUUGCUGUAGUGAAGGUUCUGCAUUAAGCACCCAGUACACUUUUUAUCACAAAGUGAAUGUAACUCAAAUUGUUUACUGUUGGCAUCUGAAGUACGUGCUGUACAUGGUUGUUCUGAAAUGUAAAGUGUGUUGCAUUGAGUUUGUUCCAAAAUAUAUGGUGAAUAUAUUGAGAAAUGCUAAACAACAUUGCAAUUUGCUUAUGAAAAUUGAAUGUGUGGUAUUAACUUUUUUUAAUGAACACUGUCAGAAUUUAUUUUUGUACAUAGAUAUAUAUAUAUAUAUGUUCCUAAAAAGACUGCAAAUGUUUCUCUUAAAUUUUAGUGCAGUUUAACUUUUCUUGUUUGGCUUUCACUUCAAGCAGAAGGUGUUGACCCAUCAUAGCCAAUAGUAAGGGAGCCAGAGGUUUGUGCUCUGUCUAAGGCAUGAGGGAGAGGAAGUCAAUAGCCUUCUAAAUAGAUGCAAAUUCUUGUGGAAAAAGAGCAACCUAUUACAAAAUUUAAAAAAACAACUCUGUCUAAAAAUUAUAAAAGUGAGUAUCUUAUAUAAGGCUUUUUCCUUUUCAUAGAUGACUGCACUCCUGCCUUUACUGUGAAUAUAUUCUUUACUAGGAUUUAUACUGAUUGGUUGUUGCCUAGUUCUUAGAAGUGCCUAUCUCCAAGCUGAAGCAAAAUUGUGAGUGGGCAGGCCAUCUGCAGAGAUGCAGCACAUGAAAGACCUGUUAUCAGUCAGUUCACAGUCUCUUUUUUUUCUUUUUUUUGAGAAAUCCAGGUACAUCAGUGUGUGACCUGAGGAGUGUUCAGUGGGUAGGCUUAUGUCAUAAAACCAAGAGGUGUUUAUCUUUGCCUCAGUUGGCAGAGGAAGAAAUGCAAAAACAGCCUGGGAAGCAGGCUGAAGGUAUAUAUAUCUCUAAAGCUUAUACCGGUUACCUGGAGCAUGCCAUGGUGUCACAGGUUACCCAACAGUAUUCUAAUUCUUGCAAAUUAGUUGACAGUGAUGUAACACCAAUAAUAAUAAUUAUUUUUAAACAAUGUUUUUCUGAAGACUUUAGGAGUCCUGGUGGUAACCCUGUGUGUUAAAGUCACCAAGAAAUCCAGAGCCUGCCAAUAUGGAUGACAAGUAGCUAAAGUUUUGCAGAUGUUCACUAGAAGAUUAAGAUCACUUAGAAUUGGCAUUCUGUGUUAUACUUCUAUCAGUUUGUUUAUUUGAUCCAAUAUUAGAAUCUCUGUAGCCAGAUUUUACUGUAUUGUAAAUCCUGAGCUUUUAUGAGAAGACUCACAGACAGCAUUAGUUCAAAAGGAAAGAAUAACCUCUAUCCUCCUAUAAUUUGUGUUUAAUAUCCUCCAUAAUGUGUGUUUGUCUCAAUAUCUCUAUCAGCUAAGAUCCUUAAAUGGCCAGAUCACUGUCAAAAUGCCCUAUUAAGCUAUGCUUAAGUCCACUAAGUAUGUAACCAAAACUUUGACUUUUUUACUUUACCAAAAUCUGGGGUAUAAUUUCCUAGCUCAGAAAUGAACUUUACAUGCAGAUAACCCAAAGUGGAGUUUGUUAGUAAACUGAUGCUAUAAUCCAAAUGAAAUUAGUUUUUUGAGGGUCAUGAAAUUAUUUUUUGUAUUACAAGAAAUUCACUACUAGAUAAACAAUAUUUAAAUGAUCUUAAGUUAAAAGAACAGUUUCUGAUUAUUUUUGUUAAGACUUACCAAAUAUUAAUCAUAAGAGUUUGACAGUGGUCCUUUAACACUACUUGGAUUAAAUAUUUAAAAAAUGCAUUGUAUGUUUAAAUUCUGUGUCAUGUGACCGUUUAGAACUCUGUUGAUUUCUUUGUAACAUCUAAAUAUAUGUUAAUGCAGUUUUCAGUAGACUGGGGAAUUGGUAUAAAAUUCAGGAAGUUUUGUUCUGUAAUCUUUCAAGGCUGUAACAAUGUUAAACAACAGACUGCACAUAAUUAAAUUUUUUUGUGUAUUAUCAUAAUAAAAUAUAAUCCUGUGCAGUAAAGUAAUAAUUUCUAGGUAUUUUUCAACAGAAGCACUUUUCAUUCUAGAUGGAGUAUAUUUACAAGUUGCUAGAAGAAUUAUUUAUGCUUCUGAGAAAGAAACUGCAUUAAAAAUGUUUACACAUUGUA